CUCCGAGAGGCUAUUAGGCCUAGUAGGUUCAAUUUCUAACAAACACAAAGAGUUGGAAAAAGAGUUGGAAAAAGUUAGGAGAUGAUUGAAAUUAGAGAGGCUGUCCUUUGACUUCUGCUCUCUCUCAAUAAAUAAUAUCCCCAGAAAGCAGCAGUCACCAUAAUCUCUCUUCCAAGUCCUUCUCCUUCCUUGAAACAGAGGCAAAAUUAGACAGCUAACUUCCACACACAAGUAUUCACCACUAGCCUAUUUGCAUUUGAGAGAGAGAGAGAGAGAGAGAGAGAGAGAGAGAGAGAGAGAUGGGGAGAGCUCCUUGCUGUGACAAGGCAAAUGUGAAGAAAGGACCAUGGUCACCUGAAGAAGAUGCAAAGCUGAAAGAGUACAUAGAAAGAUAUGGAACUGGAGGGAAUUGGAUUGCUCUUCCACAGAAAGUUGGUCUUAAGAGAUGUGGGAAGAGUUGCAGAUUAAGAUGGCUAAACUAUCUCAGGCCCAACAUUAAACAUGGUGAAUUUUCUGAUGAAGAAGAUAAAAUAAUCUGCAACCUCUUUACUAACAUUGGAAGCAGGUGGUCAAUUAUAGCAGCUCAGUUGCCAGGCCGGACUGACAAUGACAUAAAAAACUACUGGAACACUAAGCUAAAAAAGAAGCUUAUGGGCAUAAGCAUUCUCCCAUCCCAGCUUCUAAAAUCUCACUCGUCAUCAUACCGAGGGAACAACACCAGCACUAGCUAUUACACACAAACCAGGUCUUUCACCAACACUUUGGAGCCCAUUUCUUUUUCACAAAGUCUCAUGAGCAGCACUUCUACUAAUACUGCUGCUGCUUCUGUACUCCAAGUCCCCCAAGAGAGCUUUGUGGGGAGACACAUGCAUCAGCAGCAUUACCAAGUCAAAGAAAACAUCUUGAUAUUUGGAGGUGAAGCAAGUUGCUGCUCUUCUGAUGGGAGUUACAGCAAUCAUCAGAUCAGAGAAAGAGAGUAUGAAUAUGGCGGUGCUUAUGGCGGCGGUGGCAGCGGCCGCGGUGGUGCAACUAAUGGGGAGGUGAAGUUACACAUGGGUUUAAAAAAUUAUAAUUGUUUUACUGGGUUUGGAGGAGAGCAGAAAAUUAUGGAGAAUAAUUCCAGUGGAAAUGGUGGGAUGUGGGAAGAUCAAGCACGAUUAGACUAUGGACUUGAAGAGAUUAAGCAGUUACUUAGCAGUACAGGCAGUUGCAACAACUUUUUGUUGGAUGAAGACAAGACACAGGAAAAGGUCAUGAUGUACUACUGAUGCUGACUGUGUGAAUAAAAUCAAAACGAUCUGGAGAAGUUAGGAAGGGAUGGGAUGGAGAUUUUCAGAUUUCGAUAGUUUGUGGAGAGAGAGAGAGAGAGGGUUAGGAGGUUUCUGAUGUGUGGGUGAAUUUUUAAUUUUUUUUAUUUUUUUGACAGUACGUGGUAGAAGUUUCCUUUGUGCAUUUACUUUUUGGGAAAUGAUGGGUGUAUAAGUACAGUUUAACUGCACUACCAUAUUCAUCAGGCAUGCAGAUGUCGAAAAUUCAGAAGGAAAAA